AUGGAGUUACCCGCCCCCGUCGUGGCCCUGGCCCUACUACUGGCCGCAGCGACCCUUCCUCCAUCUUCGGGAAGUCAGCUUCAGCCCCUCAUGCCCAACGUGUGUGCUGUGAGGGAGCUGACCAUCGUGGGCCACCGGCAGCCUUGUGUCCAGGCCUUCACCCGGAUGGUCAAAGUAUGGAAGCAGGGCUGUGGCCGACAGAUGUGGUGUGUGGGGUAUGAGCGGAGGACUGCUUAUUUCACAGACUAUCGGCAGGUAUACAGCAUGGAGUAUCAGACUGUCUAUAAGUGCUGCCCAGGAUGGUACCAGCUCAGUAAUGACGAGGGCUGCCUUUACCCUGUCUGCAAUUACGGAGUCUGUUUCAAUGGAGGGAACUGCGUUGACGGGUCGACUCAGCUGUGUCACUGUCCCUCCGGCUUCCAGGGCCCCCGCUGUCAGUAUGAUGUGAACGAGUGCGAAGCCGAGAAUGGGGGCUGUGAGUACCAGUGUUGCAACACCAUUGGCAGCUUCUACUGCAAAUGCCCAGAUGGCCGGAAGCUACGGGAGGAUAGGAAGGCCUGUGAAGAUGCUGAUGAGUGCCAGGUUCACAAUGGGGGCUGCCAGCACAGAUGUGUGAAUACUCCAGGCUCUUACUACUGCGAAUGCCAGACUGGCUUUAGGCUCCAUAGCGAUGGCAGAACCUGUAUCGUACGGAACCCAUGCGCGGACAGGAAUGGGGGCUGCAUGCACAGAUGCCAAGCUCGCCGAGGGGUGGCCCACUGUGAGUGCCAUGCUGGUUAUCGACUGGCUGCUGACCACAAGACGUGUGAAGAUGUGAACGAGUGUGCCCUGGGACUGGCCACGUGCUCACACGGCUGCCUCAACACGCGUGGCUCCUUCAAGUGCAUCUGCAACCCGGGCUACGAGCUGGGAUCGGACGGCAAACAGUGCUACCGGAUCGAGAUGGAGAUUGUGAACAGCUGUGAGGUCAACAACGGAGGCUGCUCCCACGGCUGCAGCCACACCAGCGCCGGCCCCCUCUGCACCUGCCACCAGGGCUACGAGCUGGACACGGACCAGAAAACUUGCAUUGAUAUUGAUGACUGUGCGGUCAGCCCCUGCUGUGCCCAGGCCUGCACCAACAACCCAGGAGGGUAUGAGUGUGGCUGCUAUGCUGGGUACCGACUUAGCACGGAUGGCUGCGGGUGUGAUGAUGUAGAUGAGUGUUCCUCCAGCAAUGGCGGGUGUGAGCACAUUUGUGAGAAUCUCGUGGGCUCCUUCCAAUGCACUUGUGAAAUUGGUUACAAGCUGGAGGACGAUCGGCGGAGCUGUACCCCCCUGGAUGACUCCGUGGAUGCGUUGGACGGGCGGCAGCCCUUUGUACGGCCCAUUCCCCACAUCGCUGUGCUACGCGAUGAGGUGACCCAGCUCUUUGAAGAGGAGUACGAGGCGGGGGACGAAGAGGAGAUGCAGGCCAGAGGGGAGCACACACUGUCGGAGAAGUUUGUCUGUUUGGAUGACACCUUUGGCCAUGAUUGCAGCCUGACGUGUGAUGACUGUAGGAAUGGGGGCACCUGUCGCUUUGAACUAGAUGGCUGUGACUGCCCUGAGGGUUGGACUGGUAUCAUCUGCAACCAAACUUGUCCCCUGGGCACUUUUGGGAAGAACUGCAGCUCUACUUGCAGCUGCCAAAAUGGUGGCACCUGUGACGCCGUGACGGGGACCUGCCGCUGUCCGCCUGGCGUUGGCGGAGCCCACUGCGAGGAUGGUUGCCCCAAAGGCUUCUAUGGCAAACACUGUAGGAAGAAGUGCCAGUGUGCCAACCGAGGACGAUGCCAUCGCAUCUAUGGGGCCUGUCUGUGUGAUGCUGGGCUAUAUGGACGCUACUGCCACUUGACGUGCCCCAAGUGGGCCUACGGGCCGGGCUGCUCCGAGGAAUGUCGCUGUGUCCAGCAGAACACCCGAGAGUGUGACAAGAAGGACGGUGGCUGCUUGUGCAAGGCGGGCUACCAGGGAGAGAGGUGUGAGCACGAAUGUGACCCCGGCUCCUUUGGCCCCGGCUGUCAGCAGACAUGCACCUGCCCCCCAGGCGUGGCGUGCAGCCCCCUGAGUGGUGAAUGCCAGCAGCAGUGCCCAGAAGGUUACCAGGGGGAGGCCUGUGACCAAGAAUGUCCCCCAGGAAAAUUUGGCAGUAAUUGUUUCGGAUCCUGUUCCUGUGGAGGGGCCCCCUGUGAUCGGUUCACAGGACAGUGUUUGUGUCCUGCAGGGAAGACCGGGGAUGAGUGCAGCAAAGAUUGUCCCGAUGGGCGCUGGGGCCCUGGAUGCCAAGAGAUCUGCCCUGCCUGUGACAAUAGCGUUGGCUGUGACCCUGUGACAGGAGCCUGCCUGUGCCUCCCUGGAUACAUUGGUAGCCACUGCCAGGACUUGUGCCCAGCGGGCUCAUUUGGGCAGGGAUGCCAGCUCCGAUGCUUCUGUGGGAAUGAUGGGCACUGCCACCCUGUGACUGGGCGCUGUAGCUGUGCCCCUGGUUGGACUGGCAUCAACUGUAGAAGAGCUUGUGAUGUGGGGCGCUGGGGCCCGGACUGCAGGCAUUUCUGCAACUGUAGCUACACACACGGGAGCUGUGAUCCAGUGAGCGGGCAGUGCAUCUGUGAGGCUGGCUACACUGGCCUGCGCUGUGACCAGAAGUGUCCUCAGGGCUGGUUUGGGCUGAGCUGCAGCCGGAGAUGCCAGUGCGACCAUGGAGCAGCGUGUGACCACGUCAGCGGGGCCUGUACCUGCAGGGCUGGCUGGAGGGGAACCUUCUGCGAGCGGGAAUGCCCUGCUGGCUUUUUUGGCCUGGAGUGCCGGGGUGCUUGCCAGUGUGCCAACGGGGCCCCCUGUGAUCACGUGAACGGCAGCUGCCUCUGCCCCCCUGGGUGGAUCGGCCUCAGCUGCAACCAGACCUGCCCAGCUCACACCUAUGGGGACAACUGUAGCCUGUCCUGCAGCUGCUUUCAUGGGGCCUCCUGCAACCCAGUCAGUGGGCAGUGCCUGUGUGCCCCCGGUUGGAUGGGGCCCACCUGCCAGCAAGCUUGUCCGCCUGGCCUAUAUGGAUCAAACUGUCAUCAACAUUGCCUUUGUCGAAAUGGUGGGACCUGUGACCCCAUCUCAGGCCAUUGCUUGUGUCCAGAGGGGUGGGUUGGUCUGGCCUGUGAGCAAGAAUGCCUCCCUGGGAAGUUCGGGGCUGACUGUCAGCGCAGCUGCGACUGCUUGAACGGGGGCCACUGUGACCGGCGCACAGGGGAGUGCACCUGCUGGGCUGGCUGGACAGGAGACAAGUGUCAGAGCCCCUGUCCGGAGGGCACAUUCGGGCUGCGCUGUGCCCAGCAGUGUGACUGUCGGCCUGGCGUGCCAGCCUGCCACGCUGUCACAGGCACUUGCCUCUGUCCCCCGGGCUGGCGGGGCCAGCGAUGUGAGAAAGCCUGCCUGCCAGGCUGGUUUGGAGAGGCCUGUGCCCAGCGCUGUACCUGCGCCCCUGGCAUCGCCUGUAACCACAUCACCGGAGAGUGCGGUUGUCCCCUCGGCUUCACCGGCCUUGGCUGCGAGCAAGCUUGUCGGCCUGGGACCUUUGGUGUGAACUGUGGCCAGGUGUGCAAAUGCUCCGGUGAAAACCAGGACUGCAACCCAGUGACAGGGGAGUGUGUGUGCGCUGCUGGCUUCUAUGGUAGCGGCUGCCGACUCCGGUGCCCCCCUGGGCGCUACGGCCCCAGCUGUGAGCGCCCAUGUGCGUGUCAGAACGGGGGCUCCUGCGAUGCCAGCACGGGCACCUGCCGCUGUCCUCCUGGCUAUGUUGGUGCUGACUGUGGCUUGGUCUGCCCGGAUGGGAGAUACGGCGUGGACUGUGCCCAUGUGUGCGCCUGUGGCGAGGGAGCGACCUGCGACCCUGUGCGAGGCACCUGUAUCUGCCCAGCCGGGAGGACCGGCCCCCACUGUGAGCAAGGCUGCCCCAGAGAUCGAUUCGGCUUGGGCUGUGAGCUGGUGUGUCCCUGUAGGAACGGCGGCCUCUGUCAUCCCACCAACGGCUCCUGCUCCUGCAGCCUGGGAUGGAUGGGAGAACACUGUGAGCUAGCCUGCCCUCCUGGGAAGUAUGGUGCUGGCUGCCUCCUGGAAUGUACCUGUCUCAACAAUGCCACAUGUGAUCGAGUGACCGGUGCCUGUCAGUGUCCCCCUGGCCAUUUUGGCCAGGCCUGUGAACACAUGUGUCCACCUGGCUUCCACGGGGCUGGCUGCCAGGAGGUUUGUGACUGUCACCAAGGAGCCCCGUGCCACCCGCUCACUAGCCAGUGUCUAUGCCCCGCUGGCUUCCAGGGUCAAUUCUGUGAGAAAGGAUGUGAGCCGGGGAUGUUUGGGCCUGGCUGCCGCCAGACUUGUGACUGUGAGGGGGAUGUGCCGUGUGACCCAGCCACCGGCCAGUGCCUAUGCCCUCCAGGGAGGAUGGGAGCCAAGUGUGACCUGGAAUGCCGGGGGAAUCGCUUCGGCCCUGGCUGUGCCUUGAGCUGUGACUGUGAGGGGAGUUCUCACUGUAAUGCCCUCAAUGGCCAGUGUGUCUGCAUGGGAGGCUACAUGGGACCCACAUGUCGAGAAGGUGGCCCCCCACAGCUCCCAGCCAGCAAGUCCCAAGUUUUCGACCCAGUGGCUUCCCGUCCUUCAUCCUACAGAUCACCUCCCAGGUUCAGCCCACAGCCAGCAAAGCAUUAGCCUCCAGCCUCUGUCUUCCAUUCCUACCCACCCUUCCUCCCCUGGCCUUGCCCAUCCUUCCAGAGUUACGGUAUGUAAGUGAUGAAAAAUCCUCGGGAAACCACCAGUCGACGGGUUCCAUCUUAGCCUUCAUUUGUUUUUUUGAACCAGCGUUCUCUCUGAUGCUGCUGGUGAGGCCGUGGUGACUACAAUGCUACAUGACUGGCCACUCCUGGGG